AUUAGAAAAUAACUUCAAAACUAGAAAAAAAAACAAAAAAACAACCACCUUAUGGCCUGGUUUCAAUGUUAGAUUCCAAGAGAGAACAAAAAUAAUCCAGUGACUAGAUUUUUUUAAUGAUCUGAAAUAUUAGUGGAAGAUUCCUUCCAAAUAUUAGUGGAAGACGUCCCUUUCUAUGUUCGCUUGCCAAGAAGUUUCUGCAGAAGCAAAAUUUCCACACUUGUUCCCUCGUUUGACAAGUUCAACAGGGAACCCAUGUACUCCUCUGCAGCUAUACAUACAGCGCUUGCUUUCAUUCAGAUCAUCACGAGGGAGGAAACCCAUUCUAUUGGGAAUUACAGCACUAAUUUGAAGUGCUAAUCCAAUUUCUCUUACUCAUGGCUUACAGUUCGGUUUUUGCAACGUUUGAAGGACAGGUGAAUAUCAAAGCAAGUUUGGUUGAGGCAAGAAAGGCAAGUUAUGCUGCUUACAGCAGAACUAAUGGAUAUGUCAAGGAAGAGAUUGGCAAUAAUACAACUUGCUUUGCCUUUCCUGGUACUCUGGAUUCCAGCGCCUUCUGUCAAUCAGAGACCAAAUUUAAUGUUUGCAAAAUCAAUGUGGGCAAUAAUUAUUUCAAGUCCAUGGUAGAUGGGACUACAAGAAAGGAUCCUCGCGAACCAGCCCUUGUCCACAAAGAGGCUCUCAACAAAUUUUUACAUAUCUGGGACGGCAACCUCAAGCAACAGGUUGUAGAAGCACGGGGCAAAGGAAAAACUAUUUUAUUUACAGGCCAUUCCAUUGGAGGUGCAAUUGCCAUUUUGGCCACACUCGCAAGUUUGGAGGAGUGGGGUAAGGACGCCCCUAUUUUUGGCUCCACAUUUGGUUUUCCUCUGGUUGGAGAUGAAGUUCUUGCCAGAGCAGUUCGUAGGCAGGGGUGGGCCAAUCAUUUCUUCAAUGUUGUUUCAAGGAGUGAUGUUUUUGCCAGAACUCUGUUAGCUCCUUGUGUAUCUGUGUCUAAGCCUUUGGAAUCCCUACUGCCUUACUGGCAGAGGUCUGUUGAGCAGAUGAAUGAUGAUGAUGCAGACAUUCUCAUGGAGCCUGCAGACCUGGACUUUCCCAUGUAUUUACGCACUGUCCUGCAUCAUGCUUGUGCACUGGUUAACUUCAUCAGUGCUACAAAUAUGGAGCCUACAAACAAACUGAUAGCAAGUCUUAAGCCUAUGGUCAAGUUAAGCCCUUACAGACCAUUUGGGUAUUAUCUGUUUUGCUCAGACAAGGGAGCUCUUUGUGUUGAAAACUACGAGGCUGUGUUGCCGAUUCUAUUUUAUUCCUUGGCUACUUGUCAAGAUCAGGCUUCUAUCUCAGACCACACUGGGUAUGAUAGAGUCUUCCAUGCCAACACAAACAUUGUAAUGUUGGAAGGGUUUUCGAAGCUUCCUUUAUCACAAGGUGCAUCGACUUCUGCAAUUGAAAUCCAACUGGGUGCUCUUGGACUUGGGAUUCAGAACACUGGAGCCAGACUUGCUCUGAGAGCUGCAGGAGAGGUGGAAGACAAGCUCAUAGAGAACCAGAACAAACUAAAGGCAGAAAUGGUGAAGUUAGAGGAAGCAGGACACAUGACAAAAUUGAAAGAGUAUAGAAACAAGUGUGUAAGCCAUAGGAAUAUGGGAUACUAUGACGCUUUCAAGGAACAAAAGGAAUCGUCAGAUUUUCAUGCCAACCUCAACAGGUUAAACCUGGCUGCCUUUUAUGACAGGCUUGAAGAUAUGGUGGAGACUCACCAGGUGCCUGACGACUCUCAAUUCAUUGAAGAUUUGAUAAAAGAGGGAACAGAGUACAGGCGUCUGGUGGAGCCUCUUGACAUUGCUAAUUAUUACAGGCUGGGUAAGCAUGAGGACUCUGGUCAUUAUAUGAAAAAUGCAAGGCCUCGUCGCUAUAAAGCUCUUGAAAAAUGGUUGGCAGACAUACAACUCAAAGCCAACAAUCAGGCCCUGCUUCAUUUUCAGCCAGACAUAACUAAGGACUCCUGUUUCUGGGCUUAUGUAGAAGAAAUUUCAUGGAUGAUGAGUAAUCCAAGGGAAGACGCAGAGGCUGUAAGGGCCAAGGUUAACAAAUUCCAGAAUGAUGUGAAACAAAUGAUGGACAGAAAUGAGUUGCGUGUGGAGGAGGUUAUGAUAGGGGAAUCCAGUUUUGUGAAAUGGUGGAUGAAGUUAAGCCCACAAGACCAACAAGCCUUCCCUAUCUACUCUAUCUUUUUGCCAGGCAGAAAUUGAUGCCAUUAGUACCAGACCUUCCUUUGGUUUUCUUAAUAAAUUAGCUGAUACUGUAGUUGAAGUGGACCAAUGGGUAUGUAGACUCGUAGAGUACUUUUAUUUUUAACUGCUUUUGUAAUGUCACCCACUAGUAUUUUUGCUGGUUAUUUGAAGAAAACGAUGUAACUUAUUUCAAUACUGGUUUGCAUAGGGCAUUGCAGAAUUGAUAGCUGCUUUUUGGUUCUUCUUUGCA